CACGCAGCAGCAAACCUCUUGCACCACCACACAUCCUCCAGAAGAAGAUGGGGUCGCUGGCGGAGCCGCAGGCCGAGACGGUCUUCCGCUCGACGCUCCCGGACAUCGCCAUCCCGGACCACCUCCCGCUCCACGACUACGUCUUCGAGCGCCUGGCCGACCGCCGCGACCGCGCCUGCCUCAUCGACGGGGCCACGGGCGAGACGCUCUCGUUCGGCGACGUGGACCGCCUGUCUCGCCGCGUGGCGGCCGGGCUGCACGCCUCCCUCGGAGUCCGCCGCGGCGACGCGGUGAUGCUGCUGCUCCCCAACUCCCUCGAGUUCGCGCUGGCGUUCCUCGCGUGCUCCCGCCUCGGCGCCGCCGCCACCACGGCCAACCCGCUCCACACCCCGCCCGAGAUCGCCAAGCAGGUGGCGGCCUCCGGCGCCACGGUCGUCGUCACCGAGCCGGCGUUCGUCGACAAGGCACGGUCGUUCGCUGACCUCGCUGCCGCCAACGACUCGGCUCUGCCGGAGGCCGCCAUCGACGUGGCGAACGACGUGGUCGCGCUUCCGUACUCGUCCGGCACGACGGGGCUGCCCAAGGGGGCCAUGCUGUCGCACCGUGGGCUGGUGACCAGCGUGUCCCAGCUCGUCGACGGCGACAACCCGAACCUCCACUUCCGGGAGGACGACGUCGUCCUCUGCGUGCUGCCCAUGUUCCACGUGUACUCGCUGCACUCCAUCCUGCUGUGCGGGAUGCGCGCUGGCGCGGCCCUCGUGCUCAUGAAGCGGUUCGACACCAUCCGGAUGCUCGAGCUGGUAGAGCGGCACGGCAUCACGAUCGUGCCGCUGGUGCCGCCCAUGGUGGUGGAGAUGGCCAAGAGCGACGCCGUCGACCGCCACGACCUGUCCUCGGUGCGCAUGGUCAUCUCCGGCGCUGCGCCCAUGGGCAAGGAGCUGCAGGACAUAGUCCGCGCUAAGCUCCCUCGAGCCGUGCUCGGACAGGGUUACGGGAUGGCCGCGGCAGGGCCGGUGCUCUCAAUGUGCAUGGCAUUCGCCAAGGAACCGUCUCCGGUGAAGUCCGGCUCCUGCGGCACGGUGGUGAGGAACGCCGAGCUCAAGAUCGUCGACCCGGAGACCGGUCUGUCCCUCCCGCGCAACCAGCCCGGGGAGAUUUGCAUCAGGGGCAAGCAGAUAAUGAAAGGGUACCUCAACAACCCUGGGGCUACGUCGAAGACCAUCGACAAGAACGGGUGGCUACACACCGGCGACAUUGGCUACGUCGACCGGCUCAAGGAGUUCAUCAAGGACAAGGGAUUCCAGUUCCAGGUCGCGCCCGCGGAGCUGGAGGCCAUGCUCAUCGCGCACCCCGGGAUUACCGACGCCGCCGUCGUCCCGAUGAAGGAUGACACCUGCGGCGAGAUCCCCGUGGCGUUCGUCGUCACGUCCGACGGCUCUGAGAUCACCGAGGACGAGAUCAAGCAGUAUGUGGCAAAACAGGUAGUGUUCUACAAGAGGUUGCACAAGAUCUUCUUCGUAGGGGCUAUCCCGAAGGCGCCAUCUGGCAAGAUUUUGAGGAAGGACCUGAGGGCAAAGUUGGCGUCCGGAUUUUUCAAUGGAUCAGCCUGCUGAUGACUGUUGAUCCUGAGCUGUUUGUGUGCGAAAGCGAGACCCAGUUUUAGUAAUUUUUUUCUUUUUGUUCCGAUCAUGCUAAAAGAACAUACCAAAAAAGGUGUAAGCAAGAAGCAGUCAACCAUGUACAAGACAUAUGUCUGGAUAUAUGAAAGCUAAAGAUGUGAUUUCACUGGUA